CAGCUUCGGACUUUCACAAAUCACAGCAUAUCGCAUUCACCAUGGCGUCCGUCUACAAAACCGUUUCUAAGAAAGCCGCCCAGCGCCUUGCUAGAGAGGAGGAGCUUGAUGAGGAGGAACUUGAAAUGGAGGAACUUCUUGCUGAUGUCGACGACUCGAGCGACAGCGAAGACGAUGAGGAAACCACUACCGAAGCGGCGAAGAAGCAGCUGGCUGCUGGUUUCAUGCCCAAGACGCGCGUUCUAAUGUUGACCUCAAGAGGUGUGACCUAUCGCCAUCGACACCUGCUUGCAGACCUCGCAUCUCUCCUUCCUCACGUUCACAAGGAAAGCAAACUCGACACGAAAAAGAAGACUGCUGGAUACAACCUUCUCUUGAACUCCCUCGCCGAUCUCCACUCUUGCAACGUUAUCUUCUUCCUCGAGGCUCGUAAGCAGGGUCAAGAUCUGUACCUCUGGCUUGCGCGCCCUCCCAACGGACCUACUAUCAAGUUCCACGUCAACAACUUGCACACGAUGGGCGAGCUGAAUGCUGGAUUCAGCGGAAACUGCCUCAAGGGUGGACGGGGUAUUGUGGUCUUCGACCGCUCAUUCGACGAACAGGGCCCGCUCAUGAGCUCUCCCGGCAAUGAGUACCGGGGUUUGAUCAGAGAAAUGCUGCGCGGUGUUUUCUGCGUUCCCAAGCGCGGUGUGAAGGGAAUGAAGCCUUUUGUCGAUCGCAUCAUCGGUGUCUUUGGUGUGGACGGCAAAAUCUGGAUUCGCGUCUACGAAAUCCGGGAAUCGGAGGGUGAAAGCAAGAAAGAGGAGGGCAAGGAUGCCAAGCCCGCGCCCAAGAAGAAGGAUGGCCAGCCGGAGAUUUCGCUCGUCGAGAUUGGACCUCGCUUUGUCUUGACGCCUAUUGUUAUCUUGGAGGGCAGCUUUGGCGGUCCCGUUAUCUACGAGAACAAGGAAUACGUGAGCCCCAACCAGGUCCGCCGUGAUAUUCGCGUUGGCAAGGCAGCUCGCCACGCAAACCGCAGAGAUGCGGAGACGGAUCGUUUUGCUAAGAGGUCGAACCUGGGGUUGGGCGAGGGUGAGAAGAAGCCCGGUGCGCUGGACACAAGGCACUUCAUCAUGGCAUCCACUCCACCACGCAGCCCCUUGUGGCUCCUUGGAGCUCAUUCUUCUCUUGACGCUAUGUUACAAUUCUCUACUUACAUCUCAUGUGCUCUUUCUAAAAACAUGUCCUUCAACCUACUAGCUGCGGAGCUUCUGCUCCAUAUAUUUCGUUCCUGCGAAAGUGUGACCGAUGUGAUGAAUCUUGCCUCGACGUGUCGUCGGCUUCACUCUGUCUUCAACCGAUCGAAUAAAUUACAAAUACUCUCCAAUGUCGCGGAGCUCCAGUUCGGCCCGCUAGAUGAUAUCAUCCAGAUACGUGCGCAGCUCCUGCAUAAUUGGUCUACAGCCGACUUGGCCGAGAUUGAGGAUGUGCGUUCCAUCAUCGGUGAUGUCGUCCAGAACCACAUCUGUCCCAGCAACGGGACGAUUCAGCGUAAAUUCAAGAAACGGUACCCCGAUAGCAACCAGCAGUUGAUGUUUAACAUUCAUCUCAACUACCCCACGCCUGAUACUCCCGCAGACCCCCAGAGCUUGUUCGCGAAGCCCACGGAUGCGGCCGAGCGGUACUUCCAUACGGCCCAUUCGAGCAACUUCGAAUCCUCGGCGAAGUACAAGUCUCGCUUUCGGAACGACUUGUUUCAUGACCCAGGGUUUGAAGGGUGGGGUGAUGAAAUCCCGCAUUAUUACGUCGUUCAGGACAUGAUGAAGCUUGAUCCGGGUCAGGUGUUGUGGCUGCGAGACCAUGCUCUUCUCAAGGAACAGGUCGAGGCCUAUGUUCGGGACAUGGGGGAUUGGUUUAGAGACAAUGGGGAGACAUUUGGGGACACUCUCGAGUGGGUUAUGAGGGAGCGAGGGGAUGAUAUCGAGGAAUUCCGCGCCGCCAUUGCGGAUCGUGAGAUUGGGGUCGUCUGGGAUUAG